AUGCCGGCUCUGUGCGCGGCGCGGGUAUUCCAGCUUACGCGGGAGCUCGGCCACAAGUCCGACGGCGAGACCAUCGAGUGGCUGCUGCAGCAGGCGGAGCCAGCCAUCCUCGCCGCCACCGGUACCGGCACCAUCCCGGCCAACUUCUCCUCCCUCAACAUCAGUCGCGCGGCCUCCGGCACCACCCGCCCCGCGCCAUUCCCCGCCCUCGCGCUCCACCCCCACCACCACCACCACCAGUCGCCGCACCCGCAGCACGACAUGUCCACCAUGCUAGGUUACAACCACCUGCUCCCGCCGCCGCAGGAGCCGCCCCAGGACGCAAACAGUCCCGGUUCGUUCAUGAGGAAGCGGUACCGAGAGGACCUGUUCAAGGAGGACGACGAGCGCCAUGAUCCUAACGCGCCCAAGGCGCGCGAGCAGCAGGUGGCGCCGCCCGCCGCAAUGUGGGCCGUGGCGCCGAAUAGCGCGGCGCCUGGAGGCGCGUUCUGGAUGUUGCCCGUGUCCGCGAGCCAGGCUGCCACGGCUCGGCCGACCGAGCAGCCUAUGUGGUCUUUCGGCGGCGGUGGGGGGAGCAGCACCGUGCAGGCGCCGCUGCAGUUCAUGUCAACAAGGGUGAACUACCCCAGCAGCGGCGGCGCGAUGGGCGGCAUGCCGGACACCAGCAUCGGCAUGCUUGCUGGGCUCAAUGCUUACGACCGCGGCGUCGGAGGUACGGAAGAAGAGCAGCAGCAGCAGCAGCAGCAGGAGCAAGACCAGCAACAGGAAAUGGAGCAGCAGCGCGACGGCAGCGGCGGUGGCAACGAAGGCGAAGAGGACGGCGACGACGACAGCGGCGGAGAAGAGGAAGGCCAUGGCAACAACAGCUCACAGUAA